CUCCUCCUGCUCAGACCGGGAUAAAGGAGAAGCUGGUUCCUUCUCGCAACCAGCUCUUUGAGCCCUGGGAACCGCCGUGGCGGUCGGCACUGCAGCACCAAAGGCUGCGAGCACAACCUGGGCUCAGCGCCAGCUGGUCGCGGGCGGUGCGGGAGCGGCUUCAGCACCACGGACAGCGCCCCGCCCGCGGCCCUCCGGCCUGCGGCGCGCUUCGGCAGCUCUAGGCGAGCCGGCGAGCUAUGCCAGAGGCAUGGCCUGGCGCUCGGGCCCCAUGGCGCUGCUCCUCAGCUUUGGCCUCCUCGGGCUGUGCUCAGGAGUCUGUGGUACAGACACAGAGGAGCGGCUGGUGGAGCAUCUCCUGGAUCCCUCCCGCUACAAUAAGCUUAUCCGCCCGGCCACCAAUGGCUCUGAGCUGGUGACGGUACAGCUCAUGGUAUCACUGGCCCAGCUCAUCAGUGUGCAUGAGCGGGAGCAGAUCAUGACCACCAACGUCUGGCUGACCCAGGAGUGGGAGGAUUAUCGCCUCACCUGGAAGCCUGAGGAAUUUGACAACAUGAAGAAAGUUCGGCUCCCUUCCAAACACAUCUGGCUCCCAGAUGUGGUCCUAUACAACAAUGCUGACGGCAUGUACGAGGUGUCCUUCUAUUCCAAUGCCGUGGUCUCCUAUGAUGGCAGCAUCUUCUGGCUGCCACCUGCCAUCUACAAGAGUGCAUGCAAGAUCGAAGUAAAGCACUUCCCAUUUGACCAGCAGAACUGCACCAUGAAGUUCCGCUCGUGGACCUACGACCGCACCGAGAUUGACCUGGUGCUCAAGAGUGACGUGGCCAGCCUGGACGACUUCACGCCCAGUGGCGAGUGGGACAUUGUUGCGCUGCCGGGCCGGCGCAACGAGAACCCGGACGACUCCACUUACGUGGACAUCACGUACGACUUCAUCAUCCGCCGCAAGCCACUCUUCUACACCAUCAAUCUCAUCAUCCCCUGCGUGCUUAUCACCUCACUAGCCAUCCUUGUCUUCUACCUGCCAUCUGACUGCGGCGAGAAGAUGACGCUGUGCAUCUCCGUGCUGCUGGCGCUCACCGUCUUCCUGCUGCUCAUCUCCAAGAUCGUGCCGCCCACCUCCCUCGAUGUGCCGCUUGUAGGCAAGUACCUCAUGUUCACCAUGGUGCUAGUCACCUUCUCCAUCGUCACCAGCGUGUGCGUGCUCAACGUGCACCACCGCUCACCCACCACGCACACCAUGGCUCCCUGGGUCAAGGUCAUCUUCCUGGAGAAGCUGCCCACGCUGCUCUUCAUGCAGCAGCCGCGCCACCGCUGCGCCCGCCAACGCCUGCGCCUGCGGCGGCGCCAGCGCGGGCGGGAGGGAGCCGGCGCCCUCUUCUUCCGCGAAGCCCUGGGGGCAGACUCCUGCACGUGCUUCGUCAACCACGCGUCUGUCCAGGGCUUGGCUGGGGCCUUCGGCUCGGAGCCGGCGCCGGCAGCCGGCCCCGGGCGCUCUGGGGGGCCGUGUGGCUGCGGCCUCCGGGAGGCGGUGGACGGCGUGCGCUUCAUCGCGGACCACAUGCGGAGCGAGGACGACGACCAGAGCGUGAGUGAGGACUGGAAGUAUGUCGCCAUGGUGAUCGACCGUCUGUUCCUUUGGAUCUUUGUCUUCGUCUGUGUCUUUGGCACCAUCGGCAUGUUCCUGCAGCCUCUCUUCCAGAACUACACCACUGCCACCUUCCUCCACGCAGACAACUCGGCUCCCAGCUCCAAGUGAGGCCCUCCCCAGCUCCAUGCUCCUUCACCCCUCUGUUGUACAGUAGUUUUGGGUCGAGGAGGGAUGAGUGAGCUACCAGGAAGAGGGGCGCUGCCCCCACAGACCCAUCUUUUCACUUCACCUGGAGCCCGCGCCCCCGCCAGCGCCCACCUGGAGGCUGGACCAGCUGCGCCGUGUUCUGUCUGCUCUCCUCCUCCUCUUGUGCCAAGCCAGGCACUAGUGCUGCUGGUUGAGCAUGAAGGCUGAGAAGUGGAGGAUGGAGUGGUUGGAGCCUUCCACCCUGAGGAAAGUGUGAUGGGGAAGGGGACAAGAAGGGGACAGAACCAUCGGCUGCCUCCAAGUCAUGGGAAAAGGGAGGAGCACGGGGGCGAGACAGGGGCUCCGACUCUGUGCUGGGCUGGCCUGACACAAUGGCAGCUCAGAAGGGAGGAGCAAGGGGAGAGGGGCCUGGGUGUGACCUGAUGUCUGUCCCUGCUUAAGUGGACAGCAGCUAGCUGGGUGGGCCUCACGGCAGGCAGGGGUUCCUGCCCAGAGGUUAGCCUGGAGCUGAGGUCGGCAUCCUGAGCGAGGCUUCCAGCCCAGUCCCACAGCCCCUUGCUUCUAAGGGGCCCAGAGCUCAGGCCCAGGUCCCCUUCUCCCAGUGAAGAUUCUCCCUAGACUUCCUUUCUUGCUCAGGCCAGGGUGUGGGGGGGCAAGGCUGGGUAUUAGGGGAGCCUCGGAGUUCUGAAUCUUUGGGUGACCUGCUUGGAGCUUAAGGGCCAAAUUCUUGAACUGUGUGAGUUCAAGUUCACAGGCUGUUCCUCGGCCACAAUUUGAACCCACUGGUCAUUGGAAUGAGUAAACUAAGGACGUUAGCUUUAAGCAGACCCAGCCCUCUUGCCUGCAGCAGAGCAGGCCGGGCAGGAGAGGGCUGCCUGUGGAGGCCAGCCCAGCAGGGUGUGAGUGGCCAGAACUCUGCCACAUCAGCAUGGCUCCUGCCCCCCUACUUCUGUUCCUGGCUCCAUCCCUCCUGCUCUGGCUCCUCCUCUUCCCCCGCCCAACCAAACCUGAGCAGGGUUGAAGCAGAACUUCGGAAGGACAGGUCUGCUACUGCCGGUCUGCACAGCGGACUGUACACAGAGCCCAGCCUUCGGCUUCCUGUCCUGUGGGUCCCUGGAGGGUGUAUCCCGACGCUGCUCCCAGGGGCCAGCUGGAGGCCACCUUGCCUGUUAGCCCAGGAAACAGACCUCUUCAGGGAUCACCUGCCCUGGCCCCCGCCACGUGACUGGCUCUGAUCUGUGGUCCCAGGCUGGCCUCAGUGCUGGGCCAGCGGGGUCACAGAGGCGUCCGUCUGCCAAGCGCACCUGAGGGGCCUGCCCGACACACCGUGCUAUUCUCUGGGGCCUGGCUGGACGCCUGCUUCUGCAGGCACCUCGGAGGUGGGGAGACAGCACAGGCACAGAGCGCUGGACAGGGCGCACAGUCUGAAUUCUGGUCCCCGCUCUGCCACUUACUCUCAGCCAUCCUGAGCAAGUCUGGCUAGGCCUCAGCUUCCUCAUCUAUAAAUCGGGGAUAGUAAGGCCCUCUUCGUGGGGUUGUUGUGAGGCAGGAGUGAUGUAUGUGGAAAA